AUGCCACAACAACCACCAGCUCCAGUAUCUAGAAAAUCAUUAAAAGAAAGAAUAGAUGAGUUACAGGAAUUGGUCCAACAAGAACAAAACAUUAUAAUGCAGACUAGUAAUGCACUAAAUCAGUGCUGCAGUGGGAAUUCAGCUUUUGUUGGUUCUUCUGAACAAGUUGAAUGCAAUAGAUUGUUGCUUAUUUCUUGUCAGAAACGUCAAGCCUAUUUAACAGAGAUACAGAGAUUACGUGAUACUGGUAAAUUAGAAGUUAAUAAUGGUGGACCUAAAGGCUCAUUAACUAUAAGUGAUAUUAGACUACCAUUGAAGAAAGAAUUUGUUACCAAAAUUGGCUCUACUCAAGAUACAAUAACCUAUUAUUUUGUAUUAUUAAUACAUAAUGGACCACAGUUGAUAUUUACUCAGAUGUUGUCUACACAUGACCCAAUGAUGAGAGGCAGUCUAGAUUUCCCUAAUCUUAUUAAAAUUAAUGGUAUUGAUGGUAACUUUAAUCUAGAUAUUGAAAUCUUUGGCAUGGUAAUGUCUAAGGAACAAAUUGGUAAAGAUAAGAAACGAAAGACACCCAAGAAAAGUAAAGGUGGUUUACCAUGUAAGUUUCCUACUUUUUCAUGUGCUUUAAAAUCUGUAAUGUUACAGAGUCCUGGUGGUCCAAUGGCUGUUAGAACAACUAGUUUCAGUUUAAUAACAUCAUUGAAUAUUAAUAUGAAAAGUCUUGAUAGAACUUCAUUUGAAUUAAACAGGUUGCCAUAUUUAUCACCAUUACAUGGUACAAUAUUUAUGAGAUUGAAAUGCUUAAUGGAAGCCAGUGUGGAAGAGAGAGGUUUCUUGACUAUGUUUGAAGAUGUCAGUGGUUUAGGAGCCUGGCAUAGAAGAUGGAUUGCCUUAUCUAAUAAUAAAUUAUCAUAUUGGAAAUAUCCUGAUGAUGAGUCCAGAAAGGAUCCUAUAGGAUUUAUAGAUUUAAAGAGAUGUAUUACAGAGAAGAUAGGGUUAAUACCAAGAGAUAUUUGUGCAAGACCAAAUACAUUUGAAUUGGUAACGGUACGUCAACCUGUCCGUGGUGAACAAGAUACAUUAGUUACUAAAACAUAUAAUACUAUGACUACACACAAAGUAAUGUUAUCAGCUGAUACUAAAGAAGAAAGAAUAGUGUGGUGUAACAAAAUAAACAGAGCUUUGGUUAAUAUUAGAACCUGGAAUUCAGACGCUUUACGACCAAUUAAAACUAAUCGUUAA